CGUGUGAGAGCGGGUACUGUGAACUGCAUUGCUAUGCUGUAGCCCAAUAACCACACAUUCGGAAUCAAAACUUGCAACUUAGAUUGGCCUUAUCUUGUUUACAAAGAUACCGGUAAGUGAACAAACUGCUGAGGAGUGAAAGCAAGCCUCAUGAGUUGGCCUGGCGGAUCUCAGCGACGUUAUGGAUUUGACUAAAAUGGGUAUGAUCCAGCUCCAGAACCCUAACCACCCCACGGCCCUGCUGAAGAAGGCUAACCAGAUGCGUCUGGCAGGAACCCUCUGCGAUGUGGUCAUCAUGGUGGACAGCCAGGAGUUCCAUGCUCAUCGGACCGUGCUGGCCUGCACCAGCAAGAUGUUUGAGAUCCUGUUUCACCGCAACAGCCAGCAUUACACCCUGGACUUUCUUUCACCAAAGACCUUCCAGCAGAUACUGGAGUAUGCCUACACUGCCACACUCCAGGCCAAAGUGGAAGACCUGGAUGACCUACUGUACGCAGCAGAGAUCCUAGAAAUUGAGUACCUGGAGGAGCAAUGCCUCAAGAUCCUGGAGACAAUCCAGUCCUCAGACGACAACGACACGGAGGUCAACAUGAACGAGGAAGGCACGGAGGAAGACGAUGACCGCAAUUGCAGGCAAGGAGGGAAGAACGCCAAGAAGCAUUCCAUGGAGGGGAGCUACCAUUCAGCCGUCCAGCAAGCCUCGGCCCUGGCCAGUAUGGUGGACCAGAGCCCCUCGGUCUCCACAUCCUUCGGGCUUUCCACCAUGAGCCCAACCAAAGCUGCCGUGGACAGCCUGAUGAGCAUAGGCCAGUCCCUCCUGCAGCAGGGCUUUGGGGGCGAGCACCUGACUCAAGGAAACUCCCACCACCAAUUGAUGACCGAGAUCAAGACUGAGAUGAUGCAAGUGGAUGAAGGCGGAGGCCAUGGGAGCCCCAGAACCAUGGAGUCCAGCGCCUCCAGCAAUGGCAAAAGGAGCGGCGAGUUGGACAAGAACCGUGAUGGCCCCGGGACUCCAACCAGGAGCAGUGUGAUCACGAGCGCCCGUGAGCUGCACUACGUCCGGGAAGAUGGCAUGGGCGACUCCCAAGCAGAUGGCAGCCAAAUGGGUCUGGAAGCCAUGGCGGGUAUGACCGGCAUGACCGAGAAACACCUGGCCUCCUUGUACUCGCUGCCUACCAAUCAUAAAAAUGAGACCAUGCUAUCCAUGCCGGCCUCCAUGGCAUCUUCUCUCCAUCUGUCCCCUGCCCUGGCCAUGUCCAUGGACUUCAGUGCCUACGGGGGACUUCUGCCCCAGAGCUUCAUCCAGAGGGAGUUCUUCAACAAGUUGGGGGAGCUGGCUGCCGGUAUUAAGCCAGACGGUAGGAACCUGCAUGAACGCUGCAACGUGUGUGGCGCAGAGCUACCAGACAACGAAGCUGUGGAGCAACAUAGGAAGCUGCACAGCGGAAUGAAGACCUAUGGAUGUGAGCUUUGUGGGAAACGCUUUCUGGACAGCCUACGCCUUAGGAUGCACUUGCUGUCUCACUCAGCUGGUGAGAAGGCCAUUGUCUGUGACCAGUGUGGGGCCCAGUUCCAGAAGGAGGAUGCUCUGGAGGCUCACAGACAGAUCCACACAGGCUCGGACAUGGCCAUCUUCUGCCUGCUGUGUGGGAAGCGCUUCCAGGCGCAGCCGGCACUGCAGCAGCACAUGGAGGUCCACGCCGGUGUGCGCAGCUACAUCUGCAGCGAGUGCAACCGCACCUUCCCCAGCCAUACGGCACUCAAACGUCACCUUCGCUCGCACACAGCCACACCCGUUGCUGGCAGGUGUAUAAAAUCGAGCAAACAGCCAUGCAAUCCCCAUAGACAAACAUUGUCAUUAGAAUGGCCUUACUGAAGACCUCAGUGACUUUCAACGUCGCACCUUCAUAGGAUCCCACCUUUCCAACGAGACAGUUUUCUAGAGCUGCCCCGGUCAACUGUAAGUGCUGUUAUUGUGAAGUGGAAACGUCUGGGAGCAACAACGGCUCAGCCGCGAAGUGGAAAGACUUCCCAGAAGAGUGGAGGCUGAUAUAGCAGCAACGAGGGGGCCAACUACAUAUUAAUGUCCAUGAAUUUUGAAUGAGAUGUUUGACAAGCAGGUGUCCACAUUAUUUUGGUUAUGUCGUGUAUGUCAACUCCCCCUCUAUCCUAGUGCACUAGGACACACUCCUUUAGGCUACUCAUGUUCUCUCACACUAACCGGUCAAAUCAAACUCCUCUGACUACCCUACUAACAAAUGACAUUGUCACAACGUUGCAGAUAGAUUGUGAGAAGGUUGGUCAUCACAUUAGGCAAUUUGUGAGGUAAUAAUUACACUUAUGCUGUGGCAACAUACUUUUGCAAUGAUGUGGCAACAAGUGAAAGCUACACAUAGACCUGCUGAAGACUGAUAGGGAAAAGGUUGUCAACACAGUCUCCUUAGGUCAGCAGCUGUUAACGAAUCCAUAUUUCUUAUGAUGGUGUGAUGGAUUGUUCCAUUAUCAGACAUAGGUGACAGUAUAUUGGACAAGUGGCGAUGUUUCAGUAGUCGAGCAUCAGUUUAGACUCUCGAGCCCUGCAGGACAACAACACGUGUCUCACCACAUUAUGCUCAUGGCUUUGGCUUCUGAACAUGGUUGCUUAUUAUCUAACUGACUACAAUGGUUCUUAGAAGGAAUUGUGUAAUCCCGACUUAAAAAGUUGUAUUUUUAUUUCACCUUUUAUUUAACCAGGCAAGUCAAUUAAGAACAAAUUCUUAUUUAUAAUAACGGCCUUCCGGGAACAGUGGGUUAACUAAAAAACAGAUUUUUACCUUGUCAGCUUAAGGAUUCGAUCCAGCAACCUUUCGGGUUACUGGCCUAACGCUCUAAUCACUAGGCUACCUGCUGCCCUAGUCCACUAUUUGCAUGGCUGGCUGAAUAAACAGAGAGAUCUGGUCAUUUGCUGAAUAAAUUCAUGCCAUGAUCAAACGGAGCUGGUACUGUAUAUACCUCCAGGCUGGCUCGUUGGUGAGUAAAGGCCAUGUUAAUACUGUCAGUUGUGAGAAGGACGAGGCUGAAGAGGGAAAUAGCCUGGCGGAUGAGGUGAUUUAGGGAAAAGCCCCUGUUACCGUGACAGAAUAUAAGAACAUGGAAAUGAAUCCCAUUUCGCUUGCAAAGGAUGGACGCUCUCAUCUUCCCUUUUUUCCUUUCUAUCCUCCGCCGUCUGUCUGCGACCUUAAAUAACAGUCUCUAUGUCAGAGCUGAUAUAGCUCACCGGCUCACGGAUAAAUAUUUGAGAUGAAGGUGGCGAGAUGAGCGCAGCCAGCUUAUUUGCAAGCCGAUGUGCAGCGAUUUAGUGCGAGUGACAGGGUGAGGCGGUCCUGUAUACUGGACCUCCGCAUCUGCUUCUCUGUUUUCACGCCAAUCCUCGGGAGAGGACCAAUGACAUAUACAGUGCAGUAGGAAAGUAUUCAGAGCCCUUGACUUUUUCCACAUUUUGUUACUUUACUGCCUUAUUCUAAAAUGAAUGAAAUAGUUGUAUUCCCUCAUCAAUCUACACACAAUACCACAUAAUGACAAAGCAAAACAGGUUUUUAGAAAUUUUGGCUAAUUUAUUACAAAUAAAAAAGUUAAAUCACAAUUACAUAAGUAUUCAUACCCUUUACUCAGUACUUUGUUGAAGCACUUUUGUCAGUGAUUACAGCCUCGAGUCUUCUUGGGUAUGACGCUACAAGCUUGGCACACCUGUAUUUGGGGAGUUCCUCCCAUUCUUCUCUGCAGAUCCUCUCAAGCUCUGUCAGGUUGGAUGGGGAGUGUCGCUGCACAGCUACUUUCAGGUCUCUCCAGAGAUGUUCAAUCGGGUUUAAGUCCGAGCUCUGUCUGGGCCACUCAAGGACAUUCAGAGACUUGUCCUGAAGCCCCUCCUACAUUAUCUUGGCUGUGUACUUAGGGUCGUUGUCCGGUGAAAGGGAACUUUCGCCCCGGUCUGAGGUCCUGAGCGCUCUGGAGCAGGUUUUCAUCAAGGAUCACUCUACUUUGCUCCGUUCAUAUUUCCCUCGGUCCUGACGAGUCUCCCAGUCUCUGCCGCUGAAAAACAUCCCCACAGCAUGAUGCUGCCACCACCAUGCUUCAUCGUAGGGAUGGUGCCAGGUUUCCUCCAGACGUGAUGCUUGGCAUUCAGGCCAAAGAGUUCAAUCUUGGUUUCAUCAGACCAGAGAAUCUUGUUAAUCAUGAUCAGAGUCCUUUAGGUGCCUUCAGCAAACUCAAAGCUGGCUGUCAUGUGACUGGAACUCAAAGCUGGCUGUUAUGUGACUGGAACUCAAAGCUGGCUGUCAUGUGACUGGAACUCAAAGCUGGCUUCCAAAAGCUUGCAAAAAUCGCUGAAGUUGGAGACUUUCAUUUCCCUCACCAACUUUAAACAUCAGCUAUCUGAGCAGCUAACCGAUCACUGCAACUGUACAUAGUCCAUCUAUUAAUAGCCCACCCAAUCUACCUACCUCAUCCCCAUACUGUUUUUCUUUUAUUUACUUUUACUUUUCUGCUCUUUUGCACACCAGUAUCUCUACUUGCACAUCAUCAUCUGCUAAUUUAUCACUCCAGUGUUAAUCUGCUAAAUUGUAACUAUUCGCUCCUAUGGCCUAUUUAUUCCCUACCUCAUGUCUUUUAGACACACUGUAUAUAGACUUUAUUUUUUCUACUGUGUCAUUGACUAGUUUAUUGUUUUAUUGGCUUGUUUAUUGUUUACUCCAUGUGUACCUCUGUGUUGUUUUCUGUGUCACACUGCUUUGCUUUAUCAUGGCCAGGUUGCAGUUGUAAAUGAGAACUUGUUCUCAACUAACCGGGUUAAAUAAAGGUAAAAUAAGAAAAUGUGACUUUGACUGUGGAAUGGCUUCCGUCUGGCCAUUCUACCAUAAAGACCUGAUUGAUGGAGUACAGUGCAGAAGGUUCUCCCAUCUCCACAGAGGAACUUUGGAGCUCUGUCAGUGACUAUCGGGUCCUUGGUCACCUCCUUGACUAAGGCUCUUCACCCCUGAUUGAUCAGUUUGGCCUGGCGGCCAGCUCUAAGAAGGGUCUUGGUGAUUCCAUAAUUCUUCCAUUUAGGAGGACGCUGUGUUUUUGGGUACCUUCAAUACUGCGGAUAUUUUUUGGGACCCUUCCUCAGAUCGGUGCCUCAAAGCAAUCCUGUUUUGGAGCUCUAUGGACAAUUCUUUCAUGGCUUGGUUUUUGCUCUGACAUGCACUGUUAACUGUGGGACCUUAUAUAGACAGGCGUGUGCCUUUCCAAAUCAUGUCCAAUCAAAUGAAUUUACCACAGAUGGACUCCAAGUUGUAGAAACAUCUCAAGGAUGAUCAAUUUAAACAGGAUGUAUCUGAGCUCAAUUUUGAUUAUCAUAGCAAAGGGUCUGAAUAUUUCUGUUUUUUAUUUUGAAUACAUUAGCAAACCAUUCUAAACAUGUUUUUGCUUUGUCAUCAUGGGGUAUUUUGUGUAGAUUAAUGAGGGGAAAGAAAUAUUGAGUAAAUGUUAUAAUAAGGCUGUAAUGUAACAUGUGGAAAACAUCAAGGGGUCUGAACAUGUUUUGUUGUUGUUGCUAUGUAUUGGCCAAUGAGAGGCUUUGAAGCCACCGGUCAGCCAUAUUGGCACUCUUCAGAAGAAGCAGUCCUCCAUAGGAAUAAAGAGAUUUCUACAGUAUUUAAAUGUAAUAUUUCAAGGACAGAAUUUAACUAUUGCUUUCUUGGUGGGGACAGUAACAUUAGUCCUCUAAAAAUGAUACUUUUAAGGAAUUAAAAAAAUGAUGUUUUUAAUUAUGUUUAGUUCACAUAACUUUUAAAAGUAUGCAUUAAGUUGUCUGUAAUAGAAUAAACAUGGGAAAUACAAACGUAGACAUUAAUAAAUGCAUUUAUAUAGCUUCAAAAAUAUUUUUUACAAUGUUGGUGGAGUGCCAAGAUGGAGGUGCGGUGGUUUCAAAACAGUGCCCCCUGUCAGUCAUCUAGUGUAUAUAUAAACCAUUGAUGGGGACACGAGGACGGUCCCCGUGCACGACUCCCUGAAAUGUCAUCACCAACCCCAAUCUCGGCAUGAGCAGCAAGACGAGGCAGCAGCACCGUGCUUUUUUGAACCUGAUCCUCCGUAUGUUUGUAUUAAAUUGCAAUGAGCCAGUCACAAGCACCCUUGUAAUAUGAUGUGGUGCCUUUGUCAAGGGAUAAAAACAUCAGAAAGUUGCCAUGGCACCUAAAAUAAUCCCUAAUUUCAAUAAAGGGGAAAUAACCGUCAAAUCUUACAUGUAUUUGCCGUUUUAAUGUUUGUGUGUUUACUAGGGAAAAGAGAUCUGAUGUAAAAACACGCAGUAGCAGGUGAUGUCGAAAGCAAAAGUCAAGCAGUCCUGUCUUCAUCUCAGAGACAUCAUCGCCCUCUUCCGACAAGUCCAUCAUCAUCACUUAUACUGUGCUUUCAGAAAGUAUUCAUACCCUUUGACUUACUCCACAUUUUGUUGUUACAGCCUGAAUUCAAAUGCCUGAAUCUCACCCAUCUACACACAAUACCCCAUAAUGACAAAGUGCAAACAUGUUUUUCGAAAUGUUUGCACAUUUAUUGAAAAUUAAAUACAGAAAUAUCUCAUUUCCUGUGUUGCUUUGGCUGUAUGCUUGGGGUCAUUGUCCCGUAACUCUUCUACCAAGUCUCAGGUUGUUUGCACUCUGAAGCAGAUUCUAAUCAUUGAUUUGCCUGUAUUUGGCUCCAUUCAUUAUUCCUUCUAUCCUUACCAGUCUCCCAGUCCCUGCCACUGAAAACCAUCCCCAUAGCAUGAUGCUGCCACCGCCAUGCUUCACGGUAGGGAUGGUGUUAGACGGCUGAUGAGCUGUUCCUGGUAUUCUCCAGACAUAGCUCUUUGCAUUCAGUCCAAAUAGUACCAUUUUUGGCUCUUCAGACCACAUAAUUUUUUGCAUGCCUUUUUGUAAACUCCAGGUGUGCUGUCGUGCCUUUUUCUCUGGAUUGGCUUCCGUCUGGCCACUCUCCCAUAAAGUCCAGAUUGGGGAAAAACUGUAGACUGUUGUAGGUUCUCCCAUUUCAGCCAAGGAACUCUGUCGUUCUGUCAGACUGGUCAUUGGGUUCUUUGUCAGCUCCCUGACCAAUGUCCUUCUUUCCCGGUUGCUCAGUUUGGCCUGACGGCCAGCUCUAGGCAGAUUCUGGGUAGUUCCAUAUUUCUUCCAUUACCCAAUGAUGGAGACCACUGUGUUCUUGGAAAAUUUAAACUCUCUUGAAAUUGUUUUAUACCCUUCCCCAGAUAUAUACUGCACAAUCUCGGAAAUCUACAGACAGUUCCUUGGACUUCAUGGUAUAGUUUCUGUGGGACCUUAUGUAGACAAGUGUGUUUCUUCCAAAAUCAUGUCCAAACAAUUGAAUUGGCCACAGGUGAACAUCACAGGUGGACAUUAUAGUGACAUCUCAAUGAUGUCCGAAGGAAAUGGAUACACCUAAAUUCAGUUUGGAGUGUCAUAGCAAAGCAGUGUGAGUACUUACAGUACCAGUCAAAAGUUUGGAGACAUACUCAUUCCAGGGUUUUUCUUUAUUUUUACUAUUUUCUACAUUGUAGAAUAAUAGUGAAGACUUCAAAACUAUGAAAUAACACAUAUGGAAUCAUAUAGUAACCAAAAACUAUUAAACAAAUCAAAAUAUAUUUGAGAUUCUUCAAAGUAGCCACCCUUUGCCUUGAUGUCAUCUUUGCAUACUCUUGGCAUUCUCUCAACCAGCUUCAUGAGAUAGUCACCUGGAAUGCAUUUCAAUUAACAGGUGUGCCUUGUUGAAAGUUAAUCUGUGGAAUUUUUGAGACAAUCAGUUGUGUUGUGACAACGUAGGCAUGGUAUUCAGAAGAUAGCCCUAUUUGGUAAAAGACCUAGUCCAUAUUAUGGCAAGAACAGCUCAACUAAGCAAAGAGACAUUACAGUCCAUCCUUACUUUUAGACAUGAAGGUCAGUCAAUCUGGAAUAUUUCAAGAACUUUUAAGGUUUCUUCAAGUGCAAGACGCAAACACCUUAAAACGCUAUGAUGAAACUGGCUCUCAUGAGGAACGCCACUGGAAAGGAAGACCCAGAGUUACCUCUUCUGCAGAGGAUAAGUUCAUUAGAGUUACCAGCCUCAGAAAUUGCAGCCCAAAUAAAUGCUUCACAGAGUUCAAGUAACAGACACAUCUCAACAUCAACUGUUCAGCGUGAAUCAGGCCUUCAUGUUCGAAUUUCUGCAAAGAAACCUCUAAAGGACACCAAUGCAAAGAAGAGACUUGCUUGGGCCAAGAAACACGAGUAAUGGACAUUAGACCAGUGGAAAUCUGUCCUUUUAGUCUGAUGAGUCCAAAUUUGAGACUUUUGGUUUCAACCGCCGUGUCUUUGUGAGACGCAGAGUAGGUGAACGGAUGAUCUCUGCAUGUGUGGUUCCCACCUUGAAGCAUUGAGGAGGAGGUGUGGCGGUGCUUUGCUGGUGACACUGAGUGAUUUAUUUAUAAUUCAAUGCACACUUAACCAGCAUGGCUACCACAUAAUUCUGCAGUGAUACACCAUCCUAUCUGGUUUGCGCUUAGUGGGACUAUCAUUAGUUUUUCAACAAGACAAUGACCUAACACACCUCCAGGCUGUGUAAGGGAUAUUUGACCAAGAAGGAGAGUGAUGGAGUGCUGCAUCAGAUGACCUGGCCUCCACAAUCACCUGACCUCAACCCAAUUGAGAUAGUUUGGGAUGAGUUGGACAGCAGAGUGAAGGUAAAGCAACCAACAAGUGCUCAGCAUAUGUGGGAACUCCUUCAAGACUGUUGGAAAAGCAUUCCAGGUGAAGGUGGUUGAGAGAACGCCAAGA